AUGCAGCGACCUAAAGUUGCUGCUUCCACGUACAGGCGAGAGACGCGUCUGCAGCAAGUGCCUUCUGCUGCUGCUAUUGCUGCAGCAGCAGCAGCAGAAGCAAAAGCACAAGUCACCCCUAGGAAGCUGCUAGGAGUGCAGAUCGACGCUCUGCUGCGGCAGCCCCACAAGGCUUUAGAGGCGCUGCUGCCAGCAGUGGCUGGCGAAGCAGCAGCAGCAGCACCACCACCACCACCCCCAACAGCAGCAGCAGCUGAAACAGCAACAGCAGCAACAACGGCAGCAGCAACAACAGCAGAAGCGACGGAAGCAGCGGUGGAAGAACUGAAAUACGCCAACGCUCUGCUUCUCUCCCAGCUGCCAGCGCAGCAGCAGCAGCAACAGCAACAGCAGCAGCGGAAGCAGCAGCAGCAGCAGACAGGAAGGACAGCAGCAAACAUCAGCACCGCAACGGAGGAUAUUCAGCAUUAA